UCAAAUUAAAAGGACUAUAUACAGGUAAUUAAUCUCUGCACUUUGAGGAAUAUGUCGCUGUUUAUAGAACUAAUUUUUGAAAAUCUUCUUUCUUUCAGCUGGGGGCUUGCAGUAUUUUCUGAAAAAUACCAGUGGUAUAUAUGUUGUGAUGGACAAGAUGUGCAGAUGGAGUGGAUGAUCAGCAUUUUUAUGGCACAGCAUGCAGAUAUAUGGCCACCUGCUGGAAAAGCAAGAAAACAGUCCAUAACUAAAAGUCCGAAGAUCAGAGGCUUACCACUAAUUCCCAUUCAUCAGGAGAAGAAUACUUGUAAAAUCAGAGGAAAUACCGAAAAUAUAGUAAUACAAACUGGAAAAUCAAGAUUCAGUGAACAUCAUGAUAAUGAACUUCUGGAAGAAAGAAAAAACUUGAAAGAAAAAGCAUCUAUUGUGGCACAAUGUUUGGAAAGAAAGGAGGAGAAAGUGAGAAAUCAUGCAAAAACUCAUCGAAACUUGAUUUCUGAGGAUGAUGCAGGCUCAGGGAUGACUGAAUUACACCAGAAAUCACAUAAGACACUGAAGAAAAAUAAAAACAAAACAAGCAAAAUGACUUUGGAACUAGAUAGUAAAUUGCCAUCAAAUGUGAUUCAGGAACUAAAUACAGUGCUGCAGAAGAACAGAGCACUUCAUGAAACCUCCAGCUGAUUUCCUGAGCCUGAAGUGUAAUGCUUAUAUGUAUAUAUUCUCAUGUUAUAGAUAUAUAUGUAUGUAUGUAUUUUCUAUUCAGAAGUAGUUUGUUUUGGUAUGUGUAGUUUGUACAGUGCAGAGGAAAUAAGGAUCUAUAGUUUGUUUAUAUGCAGCUAUUGCUUUUGUAUAUGUGUAUGCCCCAUGUUAUAAUUUAAGACUGAACUGGGAGAACUGAUUAUGUAAAACUCCUGAAGAUUGGAAGUUUUUAUGUGCAGUGCAAGGACACCAGGAUUUUGUCUACUUUGUUGUUGUUGUUGUUGUUUGUUUCAGAUUUUUUGUGAUACAAGGAUUCUAAGAACUGUCAAAAGCUUUUGCUUUGAUUAUACUCUGUACCACCUUGUAAAUAUCGGAGAGAUAUUUUUGAAAGACAAGAUAUACUCUGAAAUUUAUACUAUUGGCUGCAUUAUUGUUAAUUGUCUAACACUAUAAAAAUUAGUAGCAUCUGAUUUGAAAUUGAUUUUUUGUUGGUUUUGUUUGUAUGCUUUUAUUUAAGGAGAUAAUUAGUGUUUGCUUCCAUAGAAUUGUCCUCUGACAUGGUGUCAUGUGAAAGAAUGAAAAGGGGGAAAAAAGUAGUAGACAACUCAAUGUAUUAAUUCUUGUCUUUAAACCAUGUCUCUAGAGUGUACAUCUGAUUAUGACAUCUAAGUAGUGAGACUAUUGAGGAGGACAAAAAAAACUCUUCAAAGAAAUGUCUAAUGGGUAUGUGAAUUGUAAGAAUAGCAUCAUCUCAGUGGGCUGAAAUACUUUUCUAAACAGGCUUUGUUCAGCUCAGGGUGACAAAGGCAGGCUUUUCUAUUGCUCUUUGGAGAGAGCUUGCUUGGUGCUAAUACAGUUGCUGACCUUCCAUGAAUAUUUAAUAUUUAAAUGAGAAAUUAAUUCCUUUAAGAAAAAAUGGUCCCCAUGCAAACAAAUCAGAAUGGUACCAACACAUUCUAUUAAGAAGUGCCAAAUCCUAAAUGGGGAAAGAAAUUUACCUCUCUCUUUACCAUGAGAACAAAGGUAAGUAAUAUUCUGUUUUCAGGAACUAGGAAAUGCUUGUCCUACAACUUUCCCACUGCUCUUCUGAGUGUGAGGGCUGGUCCCAGCAUUCAGAGAAUAGCCUCAAUUGCUGCCUUCCCAGUAUGUAGGUGGCAGUUCCUGAAGAUAGUGAUGUGGCACAGUACAGCUACUUUGAUUUUUAAGCCCAGAGUUCCUUAAAUUUCAAACUGCGCAUUGCUUUUCAAAACAAAACCUGUUCAAGGAAUUAAAUUAUUUUCAGUUGUUUUAUGGAUUUUAUCUUCAUUUAUCCCUUGGAAUUGCUGCUUUUACUUUGUUCCAUAACAGCUGGAUGGCAAAAGGCACUGCUGUGCUGAGGCUGUUUCCAGGUGUUGUAGAUGCUGUCGGGGUAAGCAGCAGAACCAACAGACCAGAGCACUAAUGAGCUCAUAAGGCACCUUUGCUUCAAGGGAGGCAUUAAUAAGAGCAUCUGCUUGUUUUUGCUGCUGUCCCUUUUGUGGUCUGGCUAGUCACAGAUUUUCACCAGUUUUUUUAAGAACUUACUGACGCCCUUAGUGUUGAUUGGAAUUGGCCAGAUCUCUUAGAGUAGAAGAGAGGAAGCGCAGAAGCAGUAUGCUCACUUAUUCCCUCUUCUAUUUUUGGUAGUCACAGGUGCUGUAACAUUUCACACAUCAUUUACUUCUAUUCUUGAUUACAUAGAGCAGCUUAAUUGGAAAAAUAAUUUGUUUGAUUGAAGAAAUUAGACAAGUGACUCAAUGUAUCUGGCAACUCUGGUAGGAAGCACAGAGAAAAUGACAUCAAACUCAAAUAUUUUAUAGUAGUAUUCUGGAAUGUAGUACUGACAAAGCAAGUCUAGUCUUUCAGACUUUGCACAUACCUUAUUUUACCAGUUGUUAAAACUGAAAUAAAUUUUUAGAUUGUAAUUUUCCCAGUGCGCUAUUGACUACCUUCACUUUGUAAUUGAGCCUCUUCUAAUCAUUGAGGUCCUGUCUCAAGAAAGCAUAUCAGCCUGAACUAAAAUUGUAUUGAUUAAAGCUAGUGCUUAAUGUUAAUAAGCACAUUCUUAAAUGCUGAUUUGAAUUGGACCCUAAUGCCAGCAGCAGAAAUUGCUUUAUUUUCUGUCAGGCUGGACUUGAAUGUACUAUUUACAGUUGUGCUUUUAUUUGGAGAUAUUUCUCAGUAUUGAGUUGUGGUUUUCUUAUAUUGUUUAACUUUUUGUUGGAACCUUAGGAAUGACAUUCACUUCACUGCUGAAAGCCUCAUGCAUCAUUUAAGCCACCACACUAAUGGAAUAAAUGGAGCAGUGGAAGGGUUUUGUGCAUUGAAGUGAAUAUAUCCAUGAAGAAAAUAGUUUGUGUAUUUUUAUUGGUUCUAAGGAAUACAGAAACACUUGUUCUAUUUCAAAACCAUGUCACAGGUAAAAUACCUGUAUAACUGCUGCUACCAGGUCAUAAAAAUCAAGAUGUUUAAUAAAAUGUGUUUAAAUUUGGUGUUGUGUGUAUACAUACACAAACACAUAUGUGUGCACAAAUUUAUGUACACAUUCACAGAGGCACACUGAAUGGUGACAGUGUUAACACAAUUAAAAAUUAUUUGGGGAAGUAGAAAUUAAAUUUGCAAUUAAUUAUUUUAAAUAAGUAUCAAAGUUUUGAACUAAACAUCCAACACAUUAUUGUUGCACUACAUGUUUCAGACUGAUCUAAGACCUGCAGAAUAAAUGUGGUUUGUUGCAAUAUCUUAAUGGCUGCUGAUCUUUUGUUGUUCCUGUUGUUGUUCCUGUGUCAAGUUGAGGACUAGCAAAGUGCAAUUUUUAGAGAAUUGUCAUUGAAUAAAUGCUAUUUGUCAGAA